GAACUCUUGAAGCAUUCAGAUUCAAUUCAGAUAUUCAUUGUGGAUGCUGUACUAAAAACGUUAAAGUACGAUAAUAUAUUUUUCUCCGUCGGCUACUUCAGUACAAAUUUUGAAGUUAAAUUAUCGUUAAAUUUAAAAAUAAGAAUUUAACAAAAAAAAUCAUAAUGGCGCAUUAUUUAUGGAUAUUAUCAAUCGUUGUACUAUCCGGAAUGAUUUUCUCAGUGUUCGCGGAUAACACCGAUGAUACCAAAUACAUAACGAAAUAUGACAAUAUCAACGUAGACGAAAUAUUGAAUACACCUCGAUUACGUAAUCAAUAUAUCGAUUGUUACGUAGGACGUUCACCGUGUGUAACACCAGAAGCAAAGUUCUUGAAAGAAAUACUGCCGGAGGUUUUAGUGACCAAAUGUAAAAAAUGUUCAGAUAAGCAAAGAGUAAUUUUCGACAAGGUGAUAACUUGGUUUGAGGAAAACGAUAAGGAAACUUGGAAGGUCAUAUUGGCGAAAUCUAUUAAUGAGCAUGUAAAUGUCAGAAAUCGAAGAUCGUAGAUUAAGUUCAUUGGUAAUCUAAAAGAAAAAAGAAAAUGUGACUAUAUUGUUUAAUAGGUUGUUAUAUAAAAUUUUCACAGAUCUGUGUAUACAAAA